AUGUCAGCCUACACGAUAUAUAAAGAGUUAUUUCCGCCACAAACUGUGGAGCAAGUAGAGACUAGUCAUUUUACUUCCCCAGACGCGAUCAAUUUAAUUGUUGCAAAAGCUUCAUUAUUACAAAUUUACGAAUUUGUGGAAUAUAUACAAGAACAACAAACAGAGAAUGAUGACGACACUGAUUUAAUAGAUCAAGAAUUAGUUAAAGACCGUUUAAAUGAUAAUGAAGAUUUGUCACUUGUAUUUCCUAAACUAAAGCCCUUACAUAAUGCAUUUGGGAAAACCUCUGGUCGAUUAGAAUUAGUUGCACAAUUCAAAUUGAAUGGGACAAUUGCAACCAUGGGUGUUGUAAAGACAAAUUCACCUCGGGGAAAUGAAGGAUGUGAUAGCUUGUUAUUAGGAUUUAAUGAUGCAAAAAUGUCACUGCUGGAAUGGUCACCCGCAACAAAUUCGAUUGUUACAGUAUCAAUUCACUAUUAUGAAAGAGAUGAAUUUAAAAAAGAAUUCUUGACGAAUCCAUACCCUUCUAGUAUCCAUAUCGAUCCUCAACAAAGAUGUGCUGUUUUAAAUUUUUAUGAUACAAAAUUGGCUGUUUUGCCUUUCCGUCAAUCAGAAAGGCUAGAUGAUGAAGCUGAAGAAACUCAGAAAUGGCCAUAUAUGCCUAGUUUUAUUAUUGAUUUAGAAACAAUUGAUUCGCGAAUUAAAAAUGUUAUUGAUAUGGUCUUUUUAUCAGAUUAUUAUGAACCAACGUUAGCCAUUUUAUUUCAAUCAGAACAGACAUGGACAGGUCGAUUAGCUAAUGUUAAAGAUACAACAUCAGUUGUCGUAAUUUCAUUAGAUUUGACAGCCAAAAUCUAUCCGAUCAUUUAUUCGAUUGAUAAGUUACCUUAUGAUUGUAUUAAGCUUGUUGCUAUGCCUAAACCAGUAACAGGUGUUUUGAUUAUUGCUGCAAAUUCAUUAUUACAUGUCUCUCAAGGAUCUCCUGGUGUCGGUGUUGCUGUCAAUGGAUAUACAAAAAAAAUGACGGAAUUUCCUGGUAUGAUCUAUGAAGACAAGAAUAUUCAGUUAGAAUUAGCAUUAGAUGGAGCUAAAGCAUUAGCAUUUGGUGGAGAUUGUUGCUGGGUGUUCAUGCAAAACGGCAAUUGGGCAUUUGUACAAAUGAAACUAGAUGGAAGUAAAGUUGUUGGCAUGGAUAUUAAGGAGAUUGUGCAUGAUACUACAACUUCACCUUUGGCUACUAUACCAUCUUGUGUUUCAAAUGUUAAGGAAGGUGAAUACUUCUUUUUGGGAAGUCGUGUAGGUGAUUCACUUUUGAUUAAAUGGAAAUAUAGCAAAGACACGUCAUCAGAUACCAAUCUUUCAUUUCAAGUAUGCGAUACUCUUUUAAAUACAGGACCUAUUUUAGAUAUGACUAUUGGAGACGUUGAAAGUAAUCAAAAAUCAGAUGAUGAACAGAAUAAAAAUGUACCUGAUUUAGAAUUAGUGACUUGUUCUGGACACAAUAAAAAUGGAUCACUUUGUGUUUUUCAACGUCAUAUUUACCCCCAAACUUCAUUUUCUUUUAAGCAAUCUGAUUGUCAAAAUAUUUGGUCUAUCAAAUGUCAUAAAGAACCAUCAUUCGAUUCACUUGAUGAUUCAUUUGAUAAACUUUUAUUUAUUAGUAAAUCCAAGUCUACAAUGGUUUUAUCUGCUGGUGAUGAGCUCCAAGAGUUAGUGAAAACAGGAUUUUAUACACGCGGCCCAACUAUUGCUGUCAACACAUUAUUUGAUGCAACACGAAUUGUACAAGUUUAUUCAACGGGACUUAUGAUACUUACCCCAGAGGGUAAAAGACUACGUACUAUUCCUAUUCGUGGCUCUAAAAUUAUUGAUGCCAGUAUUCGAGAUCCUUAUAUUCUAUUAACAUUAGAUAAUAACAAAAUUUAUGUUUUGGAAGGCAAUCCAGAAACAAAAGAAGUGUCUCCUGUUUCACUUCCAUCUCACAUAGUAAAGGCACCUAUUGCAAUAGCGAGUAUCUUUGCAGACUCAUCUGGACUAUUUCAAAGUAUAUCAGAAAAGAAGGCCGCUAUUGAGGCUACUCGAUCUCUAAAAGAACAAUCUAAUCUGAGACAGCAGCAUCAAAAGAAACGUAAAGCAACAAAUGAUGAUAAUAACCUAUCAAAGAAACCAAAUUUGACAGCUGAAUUUGACGAGAUUGAUAUGGACCUUUAUGGUGAUGAAAUUAAUAAUGAAAUCAAACCCACACAUAAUAUAUCCAUUCAUUUAGAUAAUAAUGAAGAAGACGCAAAAGUACAAAACAAAAUAACCAAUAUCAAAAAUCAAGCCAAUAUAGAAUUAGAGAAACUUGAUGAAAACAACGUCAGCCUACAUGGUGGAGAACUGAAUGAGAUGACUCGAGUCAGCUUUUGGUCAGUCAUAUACACAACUAAAGGCUCUCUACAUAUCUACAGUCUUCCUGAUUUUAAAGAAUAUUUUACUUGUUCACAAUUUGAUAUUGCACCUGACUUGAUUACAGAUGAGCAACAAAUAACACAUCAAAAAGAAAAUAAUGCAAAAAAGAAUAUCAAUGGAAAUAAUAGUUCUAUUAUUCAGGAAAUCUUAAUAACAAACAUUGGUAAAGAAAGAAAGGAUCCUCAUUUGAUUGCACGUACAGAAACAAAUGAUAUUAUUAUAUACAAGGCAUUCAACUAUAUUCCUGAUACAGUAACAGAUCGUUUAGCUCUUCGAUUUUCACGAGUUCAUCAUGAAUACGUCUCUCGAAAGCCUAAAGAAUCCGAAAAAGUGAAUAAAAAGAAAGAAACGGUAGUUAACUAUGAAAUUCCCGGAAUGGAUUUAGACGAUGAAGAAGAAGACGAUGAUACAGUAAAGAAAAUUUUGACAGGUAAAUCAAGUAAGCAACUUCAGAAGCUGUUGAUUCCCUUUAACGAUGUUGCGGGUUAUACGGGUGUCUUUGUGGCUGGUACUCAACCUGCCUGGUUAAUGAAUUCCUGCAAGAGUUUUGUACGUGUUCAUCCUAUGAAAUCAGAUACAGAAAUUGUUGGCUUUACACAAUUUCAUAAUAUCAACUGUAAACAUGGUUUUAUUACCGUUAGCACAGAUUCAACCAUUCAGUUAUCACGGUUACGUACAGAUGGAGUCAUUUAUGAUCUAGAUUGGGUGCUACAAAAGGUACCAUUAGGACAAACGGUACACAAGAUAGAAUAUCAUCCUAUUAUGCGUGUCUAUAGUGUUAUCGUAUCAAGCUCAUAUCCAGUACGUGUACAACAAACUGAAGACGAAAACGAGAUACAUGAUGAUCAACAACCUGGUGAAUUUUUACCUCUAGUAGAUAAAUUUUCUAUGGUAAUGAUUUCACCUGUCACUUGGGAGAUUGUAGACAAAAUUGAAUUCGAAGAUUUUGAGCAAGUCUUUUCGUUAGAUUGUGCAGCACUUGAAUCCAAGCAGACAAGUACUGGACGUAAACAUUUUAUUGUUGUUGGUACAGGAUUUUUAAAAGGUGAAGAUACGAGUAUGAGAGGAUCUAUUCGUAUUUAUGAUAUCAUUGAAGUCGUACCUGAGCCGAAUAAUCCACAAACGAAUCAUAAAUUUAAGCAUAUUCAUACAGAAGAUGUAAAAGGUGCUGUAACUGCAAUGUGUAAUGUAAGUGGACAUCUUGCCUCUUGUAUCGGAUCAAAAGUGAUUGUUUGGAGUUUAGAAGAUGAUGAAAGUCUUGUAGGUGUAGCAUUCAUUGACGUUCAAAUUUAUGUUACAAGCAUGAGCUCCAUAAAAAAUUUUAUUUUAUUGGGCGAUGCACAAAAGUCAAUUUGGUUUCUAGGAUUUCAACUUGAACCUGCAAAAUUAUCCUUAUUAGGAAAAGACUAUCAAUCGUUUGAAGUUGGAUGUGUUAACUUUAUUAUUGACGAUAAAUCAUUGUAUUUCGUUGUUGGUGACACAAAUGAAAAUUUAGAUAUUUAUCAAUAUGCACCUUUUAACUUGCAAUCUUUUGGUGGCCAAAAACUGAUGCGUCGUGGUGAUUUUCAUGCUGGCUCUCAGGUGCAGACAAUGAUCCGGUUACCGCAAAUUGAAAAAACCGAAAACGGAUUAGAAUACAAUCGAAGACAUUUUUGUUUAUGUGGUACAUUAAGCGGAUCCAUUUCUGUCAUAUCGCCAAUCACAGAAAAGACAUUUAAACGUUUGAAUACUUUGUAUGGACAGUUAGUCAAUAAUGUACAGCAUGUAGCUGGUUUAAAUCCGAGAGCUUAUCGACUGAUUAAAGGACCUAAACAAAGAAUGGCGUCAAAUCGUACAAAGGCUGUAUUAGAUGGUGAUUUGAUUUUCGAAUUUGCAGGCUUAUCGUUAGAACAACAGAGUGAGACUACAAAGCAAAUUGGUACUACAGUGCCUCGUAUUAUGGAAGACUUGGUAGAUAUUGAACGUAGUAUUGAUCACUUUUAA